GCCAAUAAAAAGAGGGAGGAUGUUAGCGGAGACAGAGGAGACACAGGUGCGUCUAAGAUGAACUGGCUUGUAGCUGCAUUUGCUUUGUGCGUCCUGGCACCCACAGUCCACUGUGCCAGUGGGGCAGUUAUCUGGUGUUACCACCUGGCAAGCUGCAAGGACACCGCCUGGCCACUUACUAUCCCUGCAUUUUGCAAUGGCACCCGGCAGUCGCCCAUUAACAUCAUCUCAUCGUCUGCCAAACCCAACGCCAACCUGACAGCAUUCACCUUUAACAACUACAGCAGCAUCAACGGCAUGAAAAAGAUUGAAAACACUGGCAAGACAGUGAAAGUCAUCUUGGACAACGGCCUUGGCUUCUCAGGAGGAGAUCUGUCAGAGCCCUACGACAGCCUGCAGUUCCACUUGCACUGGGGCAAUGGCACCGCUGUCCCUGGCUCUGAGCACACUCUGAAUGGCAAACGCUAUCCCAUGGAGUUGCACAUUGUUAGCAGCAAGGCAUCCCACAAUAAGAACACAACUCUAGCUGUUGCUGACUCGACAGGAGUUGCUGCUCUUGGUUUCUUCGUUGAGGCGAUGACAGGUAAUGAAACUGGACAACCUGAAAGCUGGCGCAACUUGACCAGCUAUCUGGACAGCAUCAAAGAAGGCGGCACCUCCGCUCCAAUAUCGCCUGGAUUUUCACUGGAUGAUCUCCUGACUGGGGUGGAUCGCACAAAGUAUUACCGCUACCUUGGCUCCUUGACCACCCCCACUUGCAAUGAAGCUGUGGUCUGGACUGUGUUCAAGGAUACAAUCAAAGUCAGCAAAGAUUUGAUUGAACUCUUCAGCACAGUUCUCCACAUCGGCAACUCGUCAUCACCUUUGAUGACCAAGGUCUUCAGAGAACUCCAGCCAGAGCAACCGGUCACAACACAGCCUGCCAGCUCCAGCUCCACCAAAACCUGCUACUCGCUGGGGCUGAUGGCCCUGAGUCUUGCUCUCGGGAGGAGUUAGAGCCAACAAAGGUCAAGCUGUUUUGGCAUCUCAGCAAUUUAUGGUGGUUUUUUUGUCUGUCUGAUUUUUAGCCUUAUCCAACUUAUUAAUAGUUAAGUAAAACUGAGCCUUAACACCACAAGAACUGAGUUGCUUUCCACUGUAGCUGUACAUAUUAAAAUUAUAAUGAGGUGGUUCAAAAACAUAAUAAAUGUGAUGAUGGCUCCCUGGCUUUAAUGUGGUUGUCCAUCAUAUGGCUUCCAGGGUUUAUCCAUUAACUGAUUUUUAUUCUGUUGUAUGCAUGCUUGCACCCUUUGCAUACUGUAUUUGUUAUACAUGAUCUGCAUGAGAAUUUAACUUUUUGUUGUUGUUUGAAUAAUUCAGACAACUUCUGUCUGUUCUGAGCUGCCAAAGCUGAAUUCAGGUGCCUGAGAAAGGGAUGCACUUGUACAAUGUUUACUGGGUAGAUGAAGUAAUGGUAGUAUGGAAGUCUAGCUAUGUAGAGAGUGUGACAGUAUUUAAUGCUUCUGGGUAUCUGUCUUACAGUUAAACUCUCUACCAAUUCUGCAUUUCUUUUUAUUUUGUAACUGGACUGGUCCUCAUCAGUGCAGAUACAUGUAGCCACACUGGCAAGCUGAACACUCAAAAAACUGAAACCUGUGCUGCCUGUUUUAUUUGGGGUAAUGAAGGAUUGACGUGUCACCCUGUUGCAUGAAUGCCAUGAUUUAUCCCAGUGCCAAACUUUACAUUUUUUUCUCUCCAGCUCUGUGCUGCACUACUUGAACAUGUUACGAAACUGACCUCUUGAUCUGAAUUAAAAUGAUUUGGUGUCAA